AUGGCGGAUGAUGUUUUGGCAGAGAAAGUGUUCAAUUAUAUCUGCGGUAGUGGCGGUUUUGUUGAAUUACAUGUUCUUUUAAAACAUUCCUCGCCUUUGGGAAGUAGGAAAUCAAAGGGAAAAGCGAAAAACUGGCUAAUGAAUCAACCUGAUAGGCGUUUAGUCGUCGUGAAAGAUUUUAAUGGCGAGAUAGCAGGUGUGCGAAUUGAUUUAAGAAGAAAAAUAUGUCGGCAAUAUCACGACCAAGGUUCUUGUGGAAGUGCUCAGGGGAAGUGUAACUUCUGGCAUAUUUGUAAAGGAUUCAUCGAAGAAAAUUGCCAUGGCAAAUGCAACCGCUCGCACAACUUUUUUGACCCAGAAAACAAAGAGAAAACAAAAGAAUUGGGGCUGGCUAAAUAUCCGAACGGGACUUUAAAACAUAUUGUUGCGUGGAGCCUGCCACAGGUUUGUGAGCUGUAUACAAGAGGCAAAUGGACGUCGGAUUCAUGCUUAUACCUUCAUCUUUGUUCUCAAGCUGUCCGAAGUUCAGCGUGUUCUUGUUCUUUGUCACACAACCUCACGGAUUCUCACAACAUGAAGAUUCUCAAACAGUAUGAUCUGGUGCCUCAUCAGUCAAUGUCAACAGAUUUUGUUCGGUGCAAUAUUUUAGUUCCGAAGAAACAGCGUAUUCCUCACAAAGCUCAUGAUUUUUUACCAAGUGUUUGCAACGCCGGUGAAAAUUCCUCUAAGAAAGCGAUGGGAGUCAUACAAGGUACAAAAAAACAAUCGCCGGAAGUGUCUUCACCAUCUAGACACGAAACUACAAAAUCUCCGUUUAAUACGAAACAAAGCUCGUACAAUAAUUCUAAAGAAUUCGAUGCUGCAUGCAGUUUUCAAGACCGAACUGAAUUUGAGAAGAAGAAUUGCCCGUCAAAUCUUUUGCAAGAGAAGACAACCAAGUCGGGAGCACCAAUCUGUAAGCAAACUGAUCGUAUUAACAAUUUAACGAGUAAUGCAGUAUCACCUUCUUCUGAGAGUAGGCUUGAGUUUUUAAAUAUUCAAACUGGAGACGAUUCUGAUUCGUCCUUUGAUGAAAACAAGCCUGCAAAUAAAAACACCAAAGCAGUUGGAUGUAAAUAUGAUAACAAAAAUUCGGUUGAUGCCAUGAAAGUUGUUGGUUUAAAACAGAAUCCUAUAAACAUGAUGAAAAACGAAUUGGAUGGAAAUGAUUCGAUGAAAUGGGAGCAAGGAUCUUUGAUUGACAGUUCAAGAAAGGAUACAAAUAUUGACCAAUCGCAAAAGAAGAAAAGCAGAAAUUCUGUGACUAAAGAGCAACAAACCAAGGCAAAGACUCAAGAGGUGGGAAAAAAUGCAGCCUGUAUGAAGGUAUUGAGUACACAACAACCGAAAAGUUUGAAUGUGUCACGUGACACAAAAGACAGUCAACGCCAACAUGAAUCCAACAGAGCCUCGGAAAGUGCCAAUAAAGAGCGGUUUAUGGAGGCCUGGUUGACAAGCCGCGAUUUCGUUGUUGAGUCUACUUUCAGUUGCACUGAUUCGCACAGGCUACCAACCUCACAAGAGGUGGAAUCUGGGCGUCAACGAAAGCUGUCUGUUUCCAGUUCUUGCAGCUCUGUUCAAGACUCGCGUAAAUUUUCACCCUCCAAAAAGGCUGUUUUCGAUUGCAUUGUGAAAGAAUACAAUGGCACGGUGUCCUUUGAUGUCAUUUCAAAACGACAAGAUUUGUUUCCCAACAGUUAUGGGGACAUUGCCAAGUGGUUUAGAGCAAGAUCAAAAGAAAGCUUUUUAAUCAGAGAAAAGGAAGGAAUCAUUUACGAGGUUAGUGCCUUCUGUCGAAAGGCAAGGUUUUGUUUCAAGGAAAAGUGUUCUCAGAAAGAUUGUCAGUACUUCCACGUGUGCAGGGAGUACAUCGCUGGUUUCUGCAGGCGUGGUAUUGAAUGCCAAAGAAAUCACUGUUUUCAGUACGAUCAAGAUAGAAAGUUAAUUUCAAAACUCAAGUUGGAUGGCUUGACAGAAGAACAACUCCGAAAUGUGUUUCAGCUUUCAACGCCUCAAGUAUGUCUGGAUUAUAACAAUUUUGGACUUUGCACCAACGGUUUGUCUUGCAACCAAGUACACAUUUGCAAGGAUUUUAUCAAGAAGAGAUGCUUCGAUGAGGAAGACUGUAUUCUUCGACACGAAAGCGUGUUUGCCGAAGCUCACACCACUGCAGUACUUCAAAACUAUGGCAUGAGAGUCAUUGGAGGCAACUUCAGUUCAGUGCUUCGCACGCUUUUGGUAUGCCAGGAGAACAUUUACAGUGGUUUGAAAGACCCCAAGGGCAAUAUUACUGCAAAGGGCGUGGCCACUAAAGUGAGCAAGGAAGAUCAGCACAUGUCUUCGAAAGUGGGCGUGGCUGCAAGUGCCCCUGCUCAGCCGGCUGAGGUUAAAGUCUUCGAAUGCCUUUGCAGCGAGUAUGAUUGCUCAGCUGCUUUUUCGGUGAUUUCCAAACGAAGAGAUUUGUUCCCGUCUGAAUUUAAGGAUGUAGAAGCUUGGUUUCGAAGCAAGAAAGGGAGUUUUCUCAUUACAGAAGAUGAUCACGGAAAGAUAACCCAAGUGGACGCUUUCUCUACAAAAGCACGUUUAUGUCUCAGUUACAAUAACUCUUAUUAUGGGGAGUGCAAUAGAGAGAACUGUUCGUACUUGCACGUCUGUAGAGAGUACAUAACCGAUUCCUGUAACAACGGAGCGACGUGCCCGCGGAAUCAUCACUUCCACGAUGAAAGAGAAAGAGCUCUGUUGUUGACGAUUAAGCUUGAUAAGUUGACUGAUGAGCAACUCAGGAAGCUAGUGCUUUCAUCUACUCCCCAAAUCUGUGUAGAGUACAACAACGGUUCGUGUGAUCUUGGUGAGUCUUGUUCUAAAAUACACAUGUGUAGAGAACAUUUGAAAAAGUGUUUUAGAAGGGGAUAUGGCUGUGACUUACUUCAUGAAGAAGCCAUGAACAUUGAACACACCAAAGCAAUUCUUGAACGUUUUCAGCUUGGACACCAUAAAUCAGACCUGGUAAAGAAAAUUAUUCUUGUUUGUGAGCAGCGCAAGAAGUCCGCAUGUUCCAAAGAAAAAACUACAGGUAAGUAAUUUAAAAUUCUGUCAGCCCUGCGACAUCUCUAGUUUUCGUUUAAACAAACAUUUUCUGUGGUUCCAACGUAUAAUGCUAAAAACGUAGUCUACAGGGUCCGCAGUUAGGUAGUUUAAUGCUGCGGUUUUCGAAACCCGAGGUACAAGAAGCCUUACUUACUUAUUACUUUGUCAAACGAUAAGCUUGAAAAUCAUGAUUUUAGCGGGAAGGGAAAGGUUAGCUUUAGAUAUAACACAAUGAAAGUGUUUUAAAGGAGGGAAGCUGCCAAUGAAAGACGGAGAGCUAAGGCGGGUGUUAAAAACUUUAGAAAAAGUGGAUUUUCCGUGACCGUUAAGACGGAAAACCAGUCUGACCAAAGAUAACAAAAUAAAAAUGAAUGAAUAUAAAUAUAAAUAAAAAGUUCUUAUCAUAUAUAUAAAAUUAAUACUGCAUGAUAAUGCCUCAAUAGUCAGUGGAACAAAUUUUAAUCAUUUCUGAACGAGCAAUCAUUUUUGUCUUUUUGACUCAAGGCAUUCUGACAGGACAUAUUCUCGUAAACAAGCCAGGUGCACCCAUUUGCGCAGAGUUUAUUCUUAGCAAAUGUCAGAAUGGUUCUAAGUGUACAGGCCAUCACUGCUUUUUGCCUUACCAUUGGCAAUAUAGCAAUGCAGGUGAAUGGAAGAGUUUUAAUGAGAAAGACAACGAGAAGCUAGAAACACUGUAUUGCGACGUGACACUUGAGGAAUGUUCUGCUACAGGCAUGCAAAUAUCAUUUGAAAGGUAUGUUACAGUAAUUAUACACUGAGAGUCUUGUCAAAUUCAUGGAUUUUCACUCAUUUACAGUUAUAAUAAGUGUGCAAAGUUCGGUAGACAUACUUCAGCCCAAGUCUAAUGUAUGAGAAAAGAUAAAGGAGUAUGGCAAAAUGCAAGGGCUAAAGACAAAUGAACCAGAACAUUAACAUUUUAUGGUAUAAUGCAUUUUUUUAAACAUGAAUUACAGGUUGACAUUAUUAUCAUUUUAAUAUUCAUAUUUAAGCUAUGAAUUUUUAUUCUUGGACGAGAUGUGUGAAGUCGAUAUAUUCCUCGAUAAUAAGCUGCUGAUUACACAGGAAUAUGUUGAAAGGCUCAUGCAACUGCGACGCCUAUCUACGGAAUCUGACGUCAACUCAAGCAACCCUCUAGCUACGGAGUGGAUAUGGUACUGGCAAGACGAAAAUGGAUUCUGGAGGAUGUAUGACCAAGACCACACUGUGAGUAAAUAGUGGGGGAAAUCAUGAUACCUCAGUUGUAAGUAGCCUUACAGUCCUUCAAGGAAAGCGGUAAGAUGGGUGAGGGUCGGCUAGGGCCCACUUUCGGUUGAAGAUUUAACGGACGGCUUGUGGUGAGCUCCCGAAGGUGAUUUAACCAUUGUGGGAUAUGGAAGCUGCUCUAGGGGAUCUGUAAUGUCAUUCAGUUCGUUUGGGAGAAUGAAGAAAGGAAAUCACUUCUCCAACGGUAGACAAAAAAGGGAAAAACCUUUUGUACGUCUACGAAUUAAGUCGUUGCGUACUGAUUGUUCUGAGAUUCAAAUGAGUCUCCAAACCAGUAAGAGAUUUCAAAGAGUUUUAUCGUGAAAAGCCCGAGGUAAGCUUGUUAACUCUUUCAGUCAAAUUGAAAUCUUAAAUUAUAUAAAUAUGAUUGACUUAGUCUGAAAAUUAUUGAAAAGUGAAUGGAAACACUUGUGACAGGUUUCAUUUAUAUCAGGUCACAUUCCCGACAGGAUAAAAAGCAUAUUGUCACAGUCCUCCAUGGGGGUGAAAUCUUUACUUUAACAUUGUAUAUGGCUGAAGUCUCAGAGUAAUCGGGCAGAACCCCCGAUUAAGAGUUGGACUUGCUGGAUAUGUGACUGGUAUAUUAGGCCAACACAACAAACAUUCCAAGUAAUAUAUGGAGCGCGCUUUUUAAUUUGGUGCAUCAGUAAAAUUCUAUAUAGAGUAGUAUAUGGUAUCUUGUCUCGACAAGUAACCUUUUUGUUCAUAGGGAAACGAUCUUCAAGAAUCCCUAGAGAGAGCCUACUUGAACAAGAAAAACGAUUUUAAGUUUCGGAUUGCAGACCAGGAUUACAUUUUAAAUUUUAACCCAUCAAGUGACAUGAGCCAGACAAACGUCAAGUACGGCACGACGAAAAAAGUGAGAAGAAGGCCUGGAAAAUUUGUGUCUAAGGAUGACAUUUCUCAGCUUAAAAGGUAUUUGUGUUGUAGAAUGAAUUAAUGACAAGAACUUUAUCCCUUUCCGCCGAUAUGAUGGGCAAGUUUCUUUAUUUCAAAAUAAUUAGCAUAAAAUCUUACAUCAUGUUUUCACUGUGAAAUUAUGGUGACCAUGCAAAAGAAAUGUUUUGAUAAAGCUCUGUUUUUAAGAUAAAAACUAGGGACCCAGGAAGACAAUGAUUUAUGUAUAAUUUGACCACAAGUGUGGUCGUUCAUUUGCAUUACGAUCAGUCACAAAAAGAUGUCACAUGAUGGGCCAUAAUGUGAUGUCUAAUCUGUUGGAAGCUGGUCAUUGAUACCUGAAGCGUGUUUCCUGUGAAAAUUACCACAAAGUGCUUUUACUGUUAAGGUAAAUGGUGGAUACCUCUUUGGAGCGCGCAGACAGCCCCCGUGGGCUAAUCUGAUGGAUCUACAGAGGAAAACUUAUGAUGUAAGCAUUUAAGUGAAACAUCGGGUAAUAAUUCUUUCACAGAGAACAAUCAGUUGCUCAUUUACUUACUAUAAAUUCACUGAAUUAUGCGUUGAAACAUUCUUAGGAGAAUAAACUGCAAAACAAUGUGCCAAUGCAUUGGAGCAGUGUAAAAGUGCAGACUGCGGACUGACUGCGGACUAUUGUUCUUAGGGCUACAAAACAAUGGGACUAUUGUUCUCUUGUUCACAUUAGCAUGGUGAAAAAAAUAGUCCGCAGUCUGCGUUUUACACUGACCGCACUGCAUUACCAUCUUUUUCAUAACCCAGCAAGACAAUGAUUUAUGUAUAAUUUGACCACAAGUGUGGUCGUUCAUUUGCAUUACGAUCAGUCACAAAAAGAUGUCACAUGAUGGGCCAUGAUGUGAUGUCUAAUCUGUUGGAAGCUGGUCAUUGAUACCUGAAGCGUGUUUCCUGUGAAAAUUACCUCAAAGUGCUUUUACUGUUAAGGUAAAUGGUGGAUACCUGUUUGGAGCCCACAGACAGCCCCCGUGGGCUAAUCUGAUGGAUCUACAGAGGAAAACUUAAUAUGUAAGCAUUUAAGUGAAACAUCGGGUAAUAAUUCUUUCACAGAGAACAAUCAGUUGCUCAUUUGCUUACUAUAUUUUCACUGAAUUAUGCGUUGGAACAUUCUUAGGAGAAUAAACUGCAAAACAAUGUGCCACUGCAUUGGAGCAGUGUAAAAGUGCAGACUGCGGACUGACUGCGGACUAUUGUUCUUAGGGCUAGAAAACAAUGGGACUAUUGUUCUCUUGUUCACAUUAGCAUGGUGAAAAAAAUAGUCCGCAGUCUGCGUUUUACACUGACCGCACUGCAUUACCAUCUUUUUCAUAGGUCUCAGAACGCAGUGAGUGUCCUGCAAAGGAGAAAUACAAGAGUCACUAAUACGCCAAAUCAUUGGUCUUCCAUGCAAUCCAAGAGGCAAUAUCAACGUGUGUCGUUAUCAAGACUUUCUGAAGAAUUUAAAGAAGUGGAGAAACUCUUCAAAAAGUCCAUCAAACAGAGUGUGGUAAUUGCUGGAAUUGAACGAGUGCAAAACCCUUUCAUGUGGGAAAAAUACCAAAGGUACUACUGAACAAAUACAUUAAACGUAAGGCAUUAAAUGCUACGUCACCAAUAAACGUUUCCGUCGCUUGUUACAACCCUAGAGGUGUGAAGAAACUCUAAUUGUCCCUAAAACACAGCGAAAGACAAUAUCAAAACAUAAGGAUCACGAGGGCUUUAAUUGAGUGCCCCACCGAAUUUCGCGAGGGUGCGUGAGGCACGUUUUUCUAGUAUGGGCUAGUUCUUAGUGGUAAAUAGUGUUUUUCAAUCAAUACUUCUUUAUUUGAAGGGAGAUGGGGUAGUGGGGGCUUAUUUAAAAGGCGCGGGCUUAAUAGAUUAUUAAUGGUAUUUAAUUACCCUCGGUUCUUUUUAAACAGCUUAAAAAAAUUUUCCCAAAAUUACGAUGUACUUAAUAGUUAGGUUUUUUUUUAUAUUUGUAUAUGCAUAAUUCACAUUUUAUCAUCUCGUUUUGUAUUUUUAGUUUGUCGAACGUUUUUAACAUGAGCCUCUGGCUCUGAAGAUUAUACAAAAACUUCUUACGUCUUCGACAUUAAAUAAAUUAUUCUAUUCUAUUCUACCCUCAUAUACUGUAACUGUACCCAUCUUAGUCUUAUUUACGCGGGUUGCGCGAGGGUCUUUCUCACUUCCACUCGUUUCUUACAGUAAGCUUCUUUCAAGCCCUCUCUUCCCCUUCUCAAGAACACUUCAGAGGCAGAGGAAUUGUCUGAGAAAGAGAUCGAUAGCUUACAAAUUAGGUUGAAUUUUAUGACAUCAUGCAGUGCGCGUAUUUUCGUGAUUGAAAAACAUACAUGCGCGACCUUCAGUUGUUAAUCCUCUUUUACUCAAGAAAUAAUAAAAAAUAGUACUGAGUUAUAAUUUCGCUUACUAUUUUAAAGUUAUAAUUUCGCUUACUAUCUUAAAGUUAUAAUUUCGCUUACUAUCUUAAAGUUCCGGUUUUUGUUUUCAACUGAAACAUUACUGUAUUUUAUUCAGGAAAAAGGAAAACAUGGCAGCAUCGAGGAUUGGCUCUACCAAGGGACGGUUUGUUAACGAGAGGCAAUUGUUUCAUGGAACUAACCCUGAAAUCGUAGAAGCUAUCUGUAAACAGAACUUUGACUGGCGUCUUCAUGGGAAGAACGCAACUGUUUACGGUGAAGGAAGCUAUUUUGCAUUAAACUCCUCGUACAGCGAUAGUUACGCCAAGGAAGAUACCAAAGGGUCUAAGUUCAUGUUUGUGGCCAAGGUCCUCGUUGGGUCUUAUACUAAAGGCAAGUCCAGUUAUCGAAGGCCACCGUCAAAGGAGCCUUCGAAUCCCGCAAGUGAUCUGUACGAUUCCUGUGUUGAUGACAGGUCAUCUCCAACCAUUUUCGUCGUUUUUGAUACUGAUCAGUUCUACCCGGAGUACAUAAUCGAGUACACCACAGCUCGAGGCGGUCAUCAGCAGCCUGCGGGACCCGCGAGACCUGUGGCAAGAGCACCAGCCCCAACGCCUAGACACUCACCAGCAGCAAAAGGAGUGGCAACUAAAGUGCAUUACAACGUUAGCAGCCCAUCCACCAGUUAUCAGACGACCACAACCUCGAGUGUGCGUUCGCGUGUUCAAGCACCUUAUUCAGGUGUAUCUAGUACAGGCGGUUACACUUCCACAUCCAAUACAGCGUCUGCAAAUGAUUAUCAUUCACCCAUACCAGGAGUGAGCGCAUCAAUCCAAAAUCAGUCUCCUCCCACGGCUUCAACUUCUACUUCAUACGCGAACUCUGGCGGGUCAAGCAAUCGUUCGGUUUUACCUUCCUUAUCUCGGUCAUCCAGUCAAGCCCACAAGCCCAAAAAGCACAAGGGUUCUUCUAAAAAAAACAAAUGCUUAGUUAUGUGA